CGCAACACUGCCAUGCUCCUCUGCUGCUCCGUCAUCACAGGGUGGGACGGCGACCUCGCCUUCCUGUUCAUUGUUCUGUCGGUAGCGACGUUCUUUGUCCAGGAUCAUCCAGACAGGGAGGUCCUCCAGGCCAUGCGUCUAGGCAUGUACUGCAACGCCGACCACAUGGCUAAGAUGGUCGUUGCCGCAACCGAGUUCCGUGCUCUCCGUUCUUCAGUAAAUCCAGAUGCGAAAACUAAAAGGCGAGUACCAUGGGAUCAUGAAGUAUAUAAAGCAAAGGAGGAGGAGUGCCAUCUCCUCUCCAGCAAGAUAUUUUUUUUUGCUGGGGAAUGAACGAAUUGAAUGCAAGAUUGCAUUGUUACAAGGACAGAGAGUGGACCACCACCUUCAGUUUCUCAGAUUCCCUGUUUGCAUUCGCCAUUCUCAACAAGCACCAGGAUGUGGCUUUGGUUCUGCACAAACAAUAUCUUCAGUGGUUUCUAGAUCAAGCCCUAUGUUCUUUUCUGAACAAUAGACAUUGUAAUUCUUCCAUCCAUUACCUCUGAAAGUCAAGAAUCGAAAGAAAAGUCAUUGGCAUAUCUCUGUCACCAAGGAAGGUUCGUUAGACAGAAAAAUGACCUCUGGUUAUGUAUGAGAUGAUGCAAUGCACAUAUCUCUGAAUGAAGCACAACAGGAAUUUACAUCCUGUAAUGCUAACUGUUGAUCAUUCUUCUCAGAAAUAUCAAGUCAUUAUCUCAUUUGCCCCCUAUUCAUCUGUCA